ACGCCACCAAAUCGAAAGUCCUCCUCUCUCUCUCUGCCUCUCUGUCUCUCUUCUGACUGUAGCUCUUCGUUCUCUGAGAUCCUCAUAUCGCCGCUGCAAUGGCACCGCCGUCCGUCGUCGCUGUUCAAGUAGAGAACGUUGAGUUUCCACCGGUAGUGAAAGCUCCGGGCUCCAACAAGAGCUUCUUCCUUGGCGGUGCCGGGGAUAGGGGCCUACAAAUCCAGGACAAGUUCGUGAAGUUCACGGCCAUCGGAGUGUACCUCGAGGAUGACGCCGUUCCGAUGCUUGCCGCUAAAUGGAAGGGAAAGACGGCGGAGGAGUUAACAGAAUCCGUCGAGUUCUUCAGAGAAAUCGUCACAGGUGGAUUUGAGAAAUUUACGCGGGUGACAAUGAUCUUGCCAUUGACUGGGCAGCAGUACUCAGAGAAAGUAUCAGAAAAUUGUGUGGCAAUUUGGAAAUCUCUGGGAAUUUACACAGAAGCAGAAGAAAAAGCAAUUGAAAAAUUUGUUUCAACCUUCAAAGAUGAAACUUUCCCACCAGGCUCCUCUAUUCUUUUCACUCAAUCUCCCAAAGGAUCUCUCACGAUAACGUUCUCAAAAGAUGGAUCAAUUCCUGAAGCUGGGGGUGUAGUAAUAGAGAACAAGUUACUUUCAGAGGCAGUGUUGGAAUCCAUUAUUGGCAAGAAUGGUGUGUCUCCUGCUGCCAGACAAAAUGUGGCCACCAGAUUAUCUGAGUUAUUCACUCUCUCUCAAAAUGGCUCACCUUCAAAUUAAUUCUCUCUCAAGCUAGCUAUUGCCUGGCCUUCUUGAUCUGUGCCUUUUAAUUUAAUUAUGACUUAUCUUUUAAGUUGUUGUCUUUGUUAUGGUUUGAUUUAGUUUGAGUGAACCAGAGACUGGUGUCUUAUCGCAUCCUUUUUUGUUAUGUGGAUUUUAUUUUUGUGUGGGCCUAUCUUUACCUUUUUUA